AUGUUUACAGAACGACUCGCUCUGCUUCCGGGUGGAAUUCAACUUUCCUACACUGAUAGUGGUGCCCCUGCAGAGGAUUGCACUGACUACACGACGGUCAUUAUUGCUCAUGGGAUGGGAUUUAACGCUCGCGGGUUUGAGAAACUACACGAUCUUGCUGCUAAACAUAACUUUCGAACUAUUGCUUUCCAACGCCGGGGAUAUCAAGGAUCCACGGAAUAUACGGCCAGCGAACUGGACGACCAGUACAGCGGAAAGAAGGUCUUUAUAGACAGACUUGCUCUCGAACUCGCUUAUUUCUGCCAACACAUAGUUGAGGAGCAUACCAUUCCGCUGAGAAGCAAAGAUGGCAAAUCUGGGGGCAUUGCUCUGUUGGGGUGGUCUAUGGGCGCUGUAUCAGUGAUGCCUGCAAAGUUGCCUUGCAAAAUAUAUACGGUGCCUGGUUUUAUAUGGUACGCAUUUGAAGACUUCCAAUCUCUUCGAAAUGAAGUUGAGGCUUAUGGAUAUGACUUGCCAUCAGACUAUGAAGCUCCAAAGCCAGUCAACGGAGAUCAAAAGCAGGCUCUGACUAAUGAAGAAAUUUAUGGGGCGGUACGAAUCGCUAUCAGCGGAUACUACGACAAACCAAAAGAUUGGUCAGGAGAUAUCAAUACUCUGGAUCAACGCAUGCGCGCAGACGAAGUGACAGUUGAUAGAUGGACAGCUGAAGAGAAUACAAAAUAUUUUUCGUUGGAGUCUGCCAUGAAAACAGAUUUCUCGAUGUUUCUUCCUCCUUUUCAAAAGUUACUAGGCGAAAUGACACAGAGGGUUCUUUUCAUGCCGGUGACACUUUUAUACCCUGAGCGAACACACUGGUAUUGCGUUUGGGGGGCAUGGGUCACUCAAAAGCUUUAUAAAGAAUGCGUGAACCGCGAUGAGGUUGUUCGACAACUUAACGUCGUCCACAUCACAGGAGGCAAUCAUUUUACGCAUUAUGACAAGCCCGAUGAAUUCCUUACCGCUGUACAGUUUGGGCUAGGUUCGUAA